AUGUUUCAGCUGCAGUGCGUGAGCUCUGCCGGGUUGGAUUUUGAGAGCGCGGAGGGCAGGUGCAAGAAGCACGUAGCGGGCGCGGCCUGCCUCCUGGCGAGGAGGGAUGUGGCCGGAUGGGUGGGCAUCCCGGAGGUCGUGGAGGGCAACUUUGAGGGCGCCAUGAAGCUCGUGGCCGCGACCCUGGGCGAUCGCAGCGAGUUGCUGCUGAAGGCGCUGAAGCGCGUCCGAAGCCGAGGAGGCAGAGAGGGCUCUGCUGGAGGCUGCCGCAGCCCUCGGGGGGCCCUCCGCUCCCGCCAAGAUUCUCGAGGGGUGCGCGGCGACGGGCCCCGAGGGUGCCCGCGCCGUGGAGGCGGCCGCUGCGCUGCGAGGCUUUGUGGCUGGCCUGCGCGCGAGGCUCGGGCCAGAGGGCGAAGAGUCAGAUACGGCUGGUACGCGAUCGCGAGGUGGGCGGCGCCAUGGUAG